GGCGGCGCUACGUUCUGUCAUUAUUACAUCAGUAGAUGUCAUAUUGAGUUUGGAGAUAAAUUAUAAUGUGAUUUGCAAAUAUUCAAUGAUUUUUACAGUUUUCUAAUAAUUAAAGGCCUGUUUUAAGUAGUUCAAAAAAAUUUAUGAAACCCCAGUGUUUUAUCUGAAUUUUAUAGACGUUAUGGCUUUAGAAUUUUUGUUUGGGCGUCGAAAGACGCCUGAAGAAAUGCUGAGACAAAAUCAAAGAGCUUUAAACAAAGCAAUGAGAGACCUUGAUCGUGAACGAUCAAAAAUGGAACAACAAGAAAAGAAAAUUAUAAAUGAUAUUAAAAAAAUGGCUAAGGAGAAUCAAAUGGAUGCUGUUAAAAUCAUGGCUAAAGAUUUGGUUAGAACUCGAAGAUAUGUCAAGAAGUUUAUAUUGAUGCGAGCUAAUAUACAAGCAGUUUCUCUUAAAAUACAAACCCUCCGAUCUCAAAAUGCAAUGGCAACAGCUAUGAAAGGAGUAACAAGAGCAAUGCAAAAUAUGAAUAAGCAGUUAAAUUUGCCACAAAUUCAGAAAAUAAUGCAAGAAUUUGAGAAACAGAGUGAAAUAAUGGAUAUGAAAGAAGAGAUGAUAAAUGACACAAUUGAUGAUGCAAUGGGAGAUGAUGAAGAUGAAGAAGAAAGUGAUGCCAUUGUGGCCCAAGUACUAGAUGAAUUAGGUCUUGACCUUAGUGAUAAGUUAAAAGAGCUCCCCAGCACAGGUGGUACUUUAAGUGUAGGUGUAUCAACAGCAAAACAGACACCGGUUGCAGAUGUUGAUGCUGAUCUACAAGCUCGGUUGGAAAACUUAAGAAGAGAGUGAUAUUUGGGAACAUUAAUCUAGUACCAUAACUAUUCAUACUUAAAAAAAAACUUUGAUUCAUUAGUGAACUAAAGACCUUUUAAUGUAAAAUUAAGAAAUCCAAAGAUGAAAGUAUGGGAUUUUUUACAUUCACAAGAUGUAUAUUUCCGUUUUGUUAAAAUUAGAUAUUUUGCACCUGUUAUUUUACAACCAGUUUAUCCUUUUGAACCUUUGACAUUAGGUCCUUCAAUUCCUUUAAAAAUGUGAUUCAUGGAUAACGGUUUUCUAUCUUGAUUGAAUUCUAAAUUUUGAACUUAAUGCAAGACUCUCCUGAAAGGCACUUUCAUCUUGAAAUCAAGUGUUAUGCAAAUACAUAAGUAUUAAAAAAAUGUUGCCUUAGAAAGUAGUAUCCAGUAACAGUGUUUCCAAAUAAUAUUCUGUCAUCCCAUAAAAAAAUCAGUCUAUGCAUAUGCAUGUGUGUACAGUUGAGAUCAUUGUGAUCAGCUAAUGGGAAAAAAAAUAAUAUUACAUUAAAAUCGUUCAUAAAAUUUUUGCUAGGACUGUGUAUAUAUUACUAUCUUGGUUGCACUCAGUUUGAGCUAUAACAAAAAAUUAAAUGUUCUACAAAAAUUUAAUGUGCAUAUAGUUUGGAAGCUGUAUUUAAAAUUAAUAUACUUUUUUUUAAUCAAACAUAUUCAACUGUAAAUGCUAAUUAUUUAUAUUUUAUGGCCAUGUAAUGACAAGAAAAAUAUAAAUGUGAUCAUCUAUUUUAUAAAAUUAUAAUAAGGUGGCUUAGAACAUUAUUUUUAUAGUAUAUAAAUGUACAGCAUGUCUGAUGUUUCUUCUUAAGUUAGAAUUUUUAUGGUACUUGUAUUAUGUAUAGAAAAAACACUAUGUUAUGUAUCUUCUAUAAAUCACUUUUCUAUGAUGCACUAUACAAAUUAUUUUCAAUAUGUCUGCUUUGUACUUCACACAAAAAAAAUUGUUUUAUGCUUUUGUACUUCUUAUUUGAUAAGUAGGUAGCUUUUGUUAUCAGUUUGCAUAAUUUUAUUUUAAAUAAAUUAAUCAUAAUAUAAUAGAUA